GUUGCAGGUCCGAGUUUUACCAAGGGCUCACGUUGCGAAAGCAGCAGCAAAACUUGCUCAGCUUUUACAACGAGAAGUGGCUCUUCGCCAAGGAAGAAUGGCAAGACCACGGCCCGAAUCGCGAGCUCUACAGGGGGCAGGAGCCGCCAAGCUUUUCGGACGACUCCGACACCGAGGCCUCACUGGUGGAGGCGGGUCCGACUUCAGCUGCUCGGCCGAUUCUCUGGAAUUGGUAG